AGAAUUUCUACAAUUAAGAACAUAAUAUGUUGUCGAAUUACGUCGCUGCAAUUUAGUUUGAUCUCUUACCCUUUUAAGAAUUUUGGAUCUUGAUCCCAUCAUUUCAUAGACAUGUCCGGUUCUCUUGAUCGUUUGGCAAGACCUUGUUUUGAGGGAGUUUCCAGCAAUGAUGAAAGAAGGGAGAGGAAAUCAGAUUUUGAGAAUUCUGAGGAUGACAGGAAAAGUAGAAUGGGGAAUCUGAAGAAGAAAGCAUUAAAGGCAUCUAGUAAAUUUAAACCUAAUUUUAAGAAAAAGAAUAGGAGAAAAAGUGAUGAUAGAAUUUUUGUUUCAAUUGAGGAUGUUCGUAAUGUUGAGGAGCUUCAGGCUGUCGAUGCAUUUCGACAAGUACUUGUAUCUGAUGAUUUGCUUCCUCCUAGACAUGAUGAUUAUCACAUGUUAUUGAGAUUCUUGAAAGCUAGAAAAUUUGAUAUUGACAAAGCUAAGUCCAUGUGGGCAAAUAUGAUUCAGUGGAGGAAAGAGUUUGGAACUGAUACAAUUUUGGAGGAUUUUGAUUUCAGUGAGUUAGAUGAAGUUUUACAGCACUACCCUCAAGGCUAUCAUGGUGUGGAUAAGGAGGGAAGACCUGUUUACAUUGAAAGACUUGGAAAAGUUGAUCCAUACAAGCUUACACAAGUCACCACCUUGGAUCGGUAUGUGAGAUACCACGUACUGGAAUUCGAAAAAUGUUUUGCAAUUAAGUUUCCAGCCUGUUCUGUUGCUGCAAAGAGACAUAUAGAUUCAAGUACAACUAUUAUAGACGUCCAAGGCGUGGGCUUAAAAAACCUAACAAAGCCAGCACGUGAACUCAUCCAGCGGUUGCAGAAGAUUGAUAGUGACAACUACCCUGAGACACUUCGCCGAAUGUUUAUCAUUAAUGCUGGCUCUGGUUUUAAGCUGCUAUGGAACACAGUGAAGUCUUUUCUUGAUCCUAAAACUACUGCCAAAAUUCAGGUUCUUGGUAACAAGUAUCAGAAUAAAUUACUUGAAAUAAUCGAUGCAAGUGAGUUGCCAGAGUUUCUCGGUGGUGACUGUAACUGUGCUGAUCAAGGAGGUUGUAUGAGAUCUAAUAAGGGGCCUUGGAAAGAUCCAAAUAUAUUAAAGAUGGUCCUUAGUGGUGAAACAUUAUGUUCCAGACAAAUAGUGACUGUUUUGAAUGGUGAGGGCAGGGUAAUUGCUCGUGAUAAGCCACGUUUUUCAAUGAUUAAAGGUAGUGACACGUCUGCUGCAGAGUCAGGAUCUGAAGUAGAAGAAAUCGCUUCACCUAAACCGACAUCGAGCUACCUGGUUCCCAGGUUGACUCCUGUCUCUGAAGAACCUAGAGUGGUUGGUAAGGCAAGCAGCACAGGUGGCUUCUCUGAGUACGAUGAAUAUGUACCUGUUAUUGACAAGACUGUAGAUGUGGGAUGGAAGAAACAAGUGUCCCCUCAAAAUCCAUAUUAUUCUUCCCAAGGUUCGCACUUUCUGUUAAGAGUAGAAAGAGGUCCAUGGGGAACCUGUGCUCGUAUAUGGGCGAUGGUGCUCGCCUUCUUUGCUAGCCUUAUUACUCUUGUCUGUUCACGGGAACUCCGAGUGAAUGAGAAAGAUUCUGUGUCUGAUUCUGUCCAAAGCAUAACCGAGUUGCCUGUUGAUCCAAUGCCCGAGGAGGAGUUUCAUACCCCUUCACCUAUGCUCAGGUUUACUGAGGACACCCUCUCGCCUGUUUUCCGAAGGCUGGGUGAGCUUGAGGGGAAGGUUGACGUACUGCAGGAAAGGCCUUACCAGAUGCCUUGUGAGAAAGAGGAAUUAUUGAAUGUUGCUGUCUAUCGUGUUCAUGCAUUAGAAGCAGAGCUCAUUGCUACAAAAAAGGCUCUGUAUGAAGCUUAAUGAGGCAAGACGAACGUUUGCUACAUGGACGUCAGAAAACAAAGAUGCGGUAAGGCUUCUAUCAAGAUUUGAAAAAUGACAAACGUUUCAAAUUUACCUGUAUAAUGAUUUUCUCACUCCCAGGUGAAGCGAAAAAGAAAUUUUGCUGUUGAAGUGAGAGAAGAGAUUUCUGUAUAGGGGGCGAUAUGUGGCGUCACUUCAUUUCCAUUCUAUAUUUUACAUGAAUAGUAAUUUUUACUACAAUGUUUAUCACAAUCAUGGGUUUAAGGACACAUUUCUAGACUUUGAUGCCGGAAGUUUGCCUUCCGUGAGAAUGGUUGAGAAUGUUGAUAGAGCUUUCCUCGGUGAGGCUGCUGAUUAUUGUAACAGAGAUCUUGUUUAUUUUGUAUACGGGACAGGUGGUGAAAUA